AUGAAGGUCUUUUGUCACGGUACACAGUGGAUCGCAAAAUGUGUCGACGUUACCACUAACGGAUGGCAAGCAAACAGCACUAAUCCAUCAUCUCAUCUCUUGCGGCAAGUACGUGAAAUGGAUGCGAGCAGCGAAUGUCGCAUUGGUGGUCGUAAUACCGUUGGUGUUCCUCGUCGUGCUGAACUCGAUGCUAAUGUACUACGUGAAGAAAAGGUACAACUAUCAUUCUUCCUUCACGCAUCACUGACCAAACUUACACGGCGUAUGCAACGAGAAGGACAAGCAAAACUGCCCUUUGUCGGCACACUUUUUCGACGGCACAGCGAUCAGCUGAUUCAACAAAAAAUGGAGCAUCGAGUGGCAGUUACUGUUUGUGCUGUUGUCACAUCUUUUACGAUUACUCAGGUAAUCUUCUUCUUGAUGCUGCUGGUAAAUUUUAUAGGACUUAACUUGUUCAAGGCGCGACGAGAUUGCACAACCUAUUGUGCGUUGGAGAAAGGCAAAAACGAAGUUUGUGUCUCCAGAAAACGUGACGCUUUUGCGGUCAAACAGAGCGCUCUUAUGGCUCCAUCAGCUGUGGUGCUUUUUUGGCGAUCGAUGUGGAUUGAUCAACAUUUCGAAGGCAAUUGGUAUAACUUAGAAGUAAUUACCAGUUUUCUGGUUAUAAUUGGCAAAUGCUUGAAUUUUGUGGUGUUCUGCCUGAGUUCGGACAAUUUUCGCCAGAAGCUGCUUGUUAUUCUUCGAAGCAGGUGCAGAGGCAUUAACGAAGAAAAGCGAUGUCAUUCGGUGAUUACCACGUAUACACGAUGUGAUAGCCGAGAUUCACGGAUAUUAUCGGCGAAAAAAUCCUUCCAAAGUAUAUAA